AUGUGUAUAAAUGACACUGUUUAUUACCCUGCAUUACAAACUUUGCCAGGGUUCAAACAAUUUAUUUUUAUUUUGAAGAAAUGGUAGAUUUUUCAGGUUUUCCACUCGGAGAAUUGAUUUUUUCAUCAGAAUUGGGUAGCACAGUUACAUAUUUUCAAAAUUUUUCAAAUUAAAUUUAUAUCCGAAAAUUCCUAAUUUCCGUGAAAGCCUGGCCACAAUUGUGGAAAAAUUUGAGCCAGAAAUCAUGUUUUCAAAUUAAAUUAAUUUUCAAAAAAAUUGUACACAAGUUUGCAAAACUUUAUUUUUUCAGCAAAUUCCUCAAAAAAUGCCGGCUGAUACAAAUCACACGACGUCCCAAUUAUCCGCCCACUCUUGUUCACAUCGAACUGAAGCAAAACAUUCCGAACUUUGGUAUCUUCCCGCCGAAUCGUCUCACUUUCUCAUCAUAUUUGCCCCCUUCCCCACCUAGUCCGGAACCCUCCUCUGAUCGUCUGCCUCUCCGCUCGAAUCGCACUCUCUGCGGACGUAGAUGUGAACGGGACAGUCAUCGGGCGGGCGGGCGGAAAACGAAACACACCCUGCGCUCGCCGUUUCCAUACUCGUCUCUUGCUGUUGUUGUCCGUCCGUCCUACUAUUCAAAUAGACUGCCCUCGAUCGAUAAAAACCGAAAAAAGUUGCGGAGAGAGUGCCAGAUUUUGGCAAAUUCUGUUUGAAAUCGAGGGAAAGUGAUUUUCAUGGGUUCAUCAGUUUUCCCGUUGAUUUCUCAUUCUCUUCCGCCCUCCCUCUGACUCACACGCUUUUCUUCUCUCUUGUCAUUGCCCGUUACCCGCCGAUAAUCGAUCAUUUAUCUACCCCCGCCGUUUCCAGAGCGCCCGGAAGAAAUGGACGAUUUGGCCGAUUGCCGUGAAGUGUUCGCCUAUUUCGACAGCAAAGGCGACGAACGCAUCUCUGUUCAGCAGGUGAAACAAAUUUCCAAAAAUUUUGCUUAACAAAAACCGUUUUCAGGUCGGCGAUGUGCUCCGUGCUCUCGGCCAGAACCCGACCGAAGCGGAAAUCCACAGAUGCGUCGGCUCGUUCGACAAGGAAGCGCGUCUCUCGUUCGAGGACUUUGUACCCAUCUUCCAGUCCGUCUCCAAGAAUCGGUAGGCACACAAUUCUCGACUGAUUUUUCUCUAAUUUCUUAAUUUUUAAGCGAGAAGCACACCGUCGAGGAGUUUGUGGAGGGAUUGUCACACUUUGACAAGGAAGGAAACGGACAGAUCAACGUGGCCGAGCUGCGACACCUGCUCACUUCGCUCGGCGAGAAACUGUCCGAUGAGGACGUCGAUCAACUGCUGGCCGGACACAACGACUCGCACGGAAACGUGAAUAUCUCCGAUUUCGUCCGCGCCGUCAUGAACUCCUAA